CCAACAUACCACCUCCACUUCUCUCUCCACAAACAGUGCAGCAUUGCAUUUCUCCACAAAGAUCUAGGCAGCAAGCCAGCGCCUAGAAAAGAGUGUGUGGGCGCGCGCGCGCGUGUAUAUAUAUAUAUAACAAAGAUCCUUGUAUUUUUCUCACUCCAACUUCUACUACUCUGUUUAUUCAUGGACCGGCAAAGAACUGAAAGUCCGCUCUACACGCGCCAAUGGACCAGCGACUCAGGCGCUUCUCCGACGGCGGCAAUGCUGCCAAAUGCGCGUCACGGUCACCACGCGCGAUCCUCUUCCGCUUCCGGAUUCUCCACCAUCAAGCGAAACCAGAAUGUAGCGGCUAAAGCUGCGGCUCAGCGGCUAGCUCAAGUCAUGGCUUCUCAAACGGCUGACGACGACGACGACGACGAAGGCGAUGAUCUAGGGUUUCGUUACAGUGCUCCUCCGCCUCUGUCUCUCUCGAGGAAUGCUAAUAGUAACAGUAAUAAUGUUAUUACUACUAGUAAAGCUUCGGUUACCACUGCGUCUUCAAGGAUCAAUAGAUCUCCUUCACCUGCGUUAGCUAGGAAUUUUGAAGAGACUGCGGCGGGUCGGUCGACAUCAGCUGGAAGGCCAGCAAUGUCCCUUAGAACUGCAGCAGCAGCAGCACCAGUGCCAUUGAGCAAAGGAUCAUUGGGGACUGCGGUUUCUUUACCGCCGAUAGAUCCUCCGAGAAAUGGGCAUAGAGAUGGUAAAAGAUUCUUGUCAGAAGUGGUAAAUUUUAACUCAAAAGACACAGGAGAUCAACACAAGGCUUCUGCACUCCGUGAUGAACUUGAUAUGCUACAAGAAGAGAAUGGAAAUAUCCUCGAGAAGCUCAGGCUUGAGGAAGAGAGAUGCAAGGAAGCGGAUGCCAGAGUCAAGGAGCUUGAGAAACAGGUUGCUGCUCUUGGAGAAGGAGUAUCUUUAGAAGCUAAGUUGCUGAGCAGAAAGGAAGCUGCAUUGCGGCAAAGAGAGGCUGCACUUAAGGAUGCAAAACAAAAUAAUAUGGUGGAUAAGGAAAUUGCAUCUAUUCGAUCUGAAAUAGAGAAUGCAAAAGAUGAGGCAACAGUCAUUGUGCGACAGCUGCGGGGAGCUGAAUCUGAAGUAAAGGCCCUUCGUUCAAUGACACAAAGAAUGAUAUUGACCCAGAAAGAAAUGGAAGAGGUUGUCCUUAAGAGGUGUUGGCUUGCUCGAUACUGGGGCUUAGCUGCAAAAUAUGGUAUCUGUGGGGAUGUUGCUGUGUCAAAGCAUGAAUACUGGUCAUCCUUAGCACCACUUCCAUUUGAGGUUGUUGUCUCUGCUGGACAAAAGGCUAAGGAGGAAUGUUGGGAAAAAGGUGACGAGGACAGUGAGAAGAGAAGCACACUUGCUCAUGACUUGAGUGAUCUAACUGGUGAAGGAAAUAUUGAGAGUAUGCUUUCAGUUGAAAUGGGUUUGAAGGAGCUUGCUUCCUUGAAGGUUGAGGGUGCUAUUGUGCUUGCACUGGCCCAACAGCGGCGAGCAAACGCUCUUAGACUGUCCAUCUUAGAUGUCAAAUCAUCUGGUGAUCAGAAGUAUAUGGAAGCAUUCGAAUUGAGUCCAGAGGAGUCUGAAGACGUUCUUUUCAAGGAGGCAUGGCUUACAUAUUUUUGGAGAAGAGCCAAAGCCCAUGGUAUAGAGGAAGACACUGCAAAAGAACGACUUCAGUUUUGGAUUAGCCGCAGCGCACACUCGCCGAGUUCACAUGAUGCUGUUGAUGUGGAGCAAGGCCUAACGGAGCUCAGGAAGUUGGGAAUAGAGCAUCGACUGUGGGAAGCAUCUCGUAAAGAAAUAGAUCAGGGCUCAUAACACAGAAAUCUUCCGGGUAACUGAAGGGCUCUGGUUGAUGAUGGCAAAACCUCACGCCAUCAAUUUUCUUCUCAAUUUGUUUUACUGAGUUUUUCUUCUGUUUGUUGAAGCAUCUACACAUGUUGCAAAGAAUUUACAUAUGUUGCGUGGCUCUGGUCCUCACCUGCUAAAUGCUAUAUAAAGUGGUUCAUCUGUUUAGAUGUUGUAUAUAUACACGCAUACAUCUACAUACAGAGAUGAUAUUUACAUGAAAAAGUGAAAUACAGUUUGGUUCAAA